AUGUUUACGCAGCAAGUCGGACGUCGCGUGGGCCAGGCGGCUUGGCGAACGUCGAGGCGGGCGACGCAAAGGCGAGGAUAUGCAGCUGAGAGUGGCCAGUCGGCUCAUCCGAGCGCGUUCCGCCGUGUGGUGUCGACCAUCCUAAUCGGAGCGGCGUUUACGACGGUCGGCGCCGUGGGCACCUGGAAAGCCAUGUCAGCGCGCGGCAUGGGUUUCUACUCGGACGAGGACAGCCUGCGCAAGUACACGCCGCACGAGGCGGACAAGGAGGCCAUCCGGGUCGAGGAGACCAUCAACUCGCACCCCCUGGUUGCGGAGCUGCGCAGGCGCGAGGACCUGACGGAGUCGAGGCCGCACAUGAAAAUGCCGAGCGAGUACCGGUCACGCAGCCUGACGGGCGGCGCACUCCUGGGCGCCGGCAAGGUCAGCGUCCCGCCCUACGCGUGGAACGACGCCGAGGGCCGCGAGAUGGUGGCCGUCCUGCACGUCGGGGAGGACCUGUGCGGGCACCCGGGCAUCGUGCACGGCGGGUUCCUGGCCACCAUCCUCGACGAGGGGCUGGGCCGGUGCACCUUCAAGGCCCUGCCGCACAACAUCGCCGUCACGGCCAACCUCAACAUCAACUACCGCAAGCCUACGCCCGCCGGUACCUUCCUCGUCCUCCGCGCCGAGACUACAAAGGUCGAGGGCCGCAAGGCCUGGGUCAAAGGGCGCCUCGAGCAGCUGUCUGCUCCCGGGGAGACGCCUGUCGUCUUUGCUGAGGCUGAGGGUCUGUUUGUCUCUCCCAAAUAUGCUGCUGUAAUGCCGCGCAUCGCUUAA